AUGAAUCUAUAUCAAUUUAAUCAAAAUUCAAGGUGUGGUAUAGAUAACUGUACCUCUAAACAAUUCUACAUAGAUGCAGGCUUAACUUACUGCACUAAUGGACACCUUGUUCAAGGAAUUAUUGAAAUAGAUAAUACUAUCAAUUUAAAUAAAAAUCAACCAUUAAGAAGGAGAAAAGUAAUUACAACUGACAAACAUAAGAAAAAGUCUAAAGUUCUUUACGGAAACGAAGGAAAAAACUUAUUUUUACAUUGUUUUCAGCAAAUUUUAAAAACACAGGUAUGGUGCCUAAUCCAUACUCAUGGAAUAUCAAGAAAUCUGGAGCCUACUGUUCGAAAUAUAUGGAAAAUCUACUUGACAUUAUUAACAUCAAAUAAAUUAUUUCAAAAAAAUACAAAAAAAAAUAUUAAAUAUCAUGAUGUUGGAAAUUCAAAUGAUAAUAUGUCAUAUAAAAUAACAAAAUUUCCAAAACUUAUUGAUACUAUUAGCAUAUGUUAUCUCGGAUUAUUAAAUCUUAGAUCAAUUAUUACCAUAUCAACUCUUUAUAAUUUUAUGAAGUCCGGCAAAGUCCCAUAUAUGCAAACAUCAUCUAUAAUACCACUUGAAAUCCGUAAAUGUAUGGAACCUCAUUAUCAAAAUAUAUUAUCUCCAACGGUAUUUCCAUCAUACGAAAAAGUGCUAAAUGCAACUUAUUCCAUAUUUUCUGCAUUUUAUAUUUUAUAUAAAAUAGAUUUUCCACCUUUAAAUAUAUAUCCUAUAUUGGUAACAUAUAUUCGAGGUCUUUAUCUUCCAUUAGAACUUAUAUUACCAACAUUAAAACUCGCAUAUUGUUUAAAUAUUUCAUUCACUAAUCGACAAUUAAUACAUGAAAAAAACUUAAAUACUAUGCCAGAAGUUAUUUUAUUAGCUAUACUACUGAUUUCUACAAGACUUUAUUUCCAAAUUGAUCAUUAUGAUAUUGAAAAUUUAAAAGACUAUGCGUACAACAAUCUUAAAGACUGGAGCAUAUGGCUUGCUACAAUGAAUUCGCAAAAUUAUAACAAACUAACUAAUAUUAACUAUACAAAAACAGAUAUUAAUAAAAUUUCACAAAUAUCGAAAGAAGAAAUAGACAAUUAUUUAAAUGAUUUAAGCAUUCAACUAUCCGAUAGCUCAUAUAUAAAAGUUCCAAAAUUUUUAUUAAAUAUAUUUCCUAUAAAUGAAUUGAAAAAAACAAAUCAAUGUUUUAAUUCAACGCAUAAUUAUUAUACAUUAUUUGAGUCAUAUAAUGCUAAAUCAUAUACUUCAAACACUAUAUUUAAAAGCGGAAAACUUAUUUACAAGAUUUUUUCUCUUUCUAGCACUCUGCCAAAUAUUACAAAAACUUUAAUUUCUAAAGGAGCAGAAAUGAUUGGAAUUUCUGAAUUUAAAUUGCGAAAAAUUAUAUUAAUUCUAGAAAAACAGUAUAUUUAUUUAAAUGAUAAUUACAAAGAAGAAAGUUUAUAA